CUACCAGCGCACUGCUGGUAGAAGGGCCGAUCAACUCCCGGGACCCCCCAACAUUAACUAACGUUAACUAGUUAGUUAGUUAGCUAAUCAGCGGGACUAACUUAACUAACUAGUUACACGUUAACCUACCUACGCUGCGUAGGUAACGUUAAGGACAGACUAAGAAGGACGGCGGAUGGAUGGCUGAGAUCAAGCGCGCUACAUUAUUAAUCCAUGACAGGCGGACGCUCGAAAUGCUGCGCGCGCAUACGACGGCGGAGGAUGGGAUAUGGCGUCAGGUAGAAUGAUGCCAACGCAUGCUGGAAUUGCGCACAAUGCAUCCCGAUACCGCCACCAUCUGCAUAUAUACCGAUGGAGUCUUCUGCGUCAGAGUAUUGCACUGGAAAACGAGACUGGGGGAAUGAGGAUAACCCGCAACCCGACUCGAAGAGACAAAGAAAUCAUCCGUUUUGCGAUCAGACGGAGAUACAGAACGUCGGACGUGGCAAAGGAUCCGAUGCUUUGAAGAGUGCGUCUGAUUUAACUCUUAUGUGGGUUGGCAAGGACAAAUAUGGACGCCCGAAGCUGGUAUCAGAGCACACUCUAGGGACACGCGACUGGCGAAUGGGAGACCCGAACAUGAAGACUUGCUAUGUCUGCAAACUGGAAAAUAAUCUCUUUGGGUGCAAAACAUGCAUGCGUUCAUCCCAUGCCAUUUGUCUGGUUCCGCCACGGAGAGACUCAGACGUGCCGUCUCCAUUCCAUUGCCCGGUCUGUGUUGAGAAAAACUGGCAUACUAAUCCCCCAACACACAUCAUCCCAUUAUCCGCCGCCUCUUCACCGAGGAAAAGCGAGUUCAGCCCAAAGCCUUCAUGCCCGGCAGCCAGUGCCACGAGCCGUUAUUCUGCAACUUGCGAAAGGUACACGGUAUCGUGCGAGUCUGCCACCACUACCUCUACCACGGCUGUAUCUUCGUCGAGAAGCGCAGACGAAUGCAUGAAGAACCUAUGCACGUCUCAGGAAAGUGGACUAGAUGCUCCCUACCAACACGGCCCUUACCAGUCUGCCACAGUACAAGACGCUGCGGACCACCGGCGCUCGGAUUGCUCCGCGCUUUCGGCAUCAGGAGGAGCGGCCCCCCGACGCUCAAGAUACCAAACCGUCUCUAACGAAGUCGACGAUGCGCUUUCGACGAUAUACCGCGAACUUGAGAUGGGGGUGGAACUUCAGUCCCGAAUGGGGGAUCUGCAGGCGCGGGUCAGUUUACUGGAACAAGAAUUGAAUAUUGCGAAUGGACGGGUUGUCCUCUCUCGGCAGGAGGUUGCAGCAAAAUACAUGCCCGAGGUCAAAUGCCUACAGAACCAGUUGUGCAUGGAGCGGCAGGCCAAUGCCCGGCUUGCGGAGGAGAACAACAGACUCAAAGUUCAGCUGGAAGAGCUGUCGAGGACUGAUCGUUCGCGGGAGUUGGAGGAGUGGAAACGGAAGCUUCGUGAUUUUAUGAACGGCAGUGCCUGACCUCAACGACGACCUGGUGGUCCUGUGUGAAAUACCAUUUUGCUCAUAUCACUUAUCAGUAGCUUUUGGCGUUGGGGUGUGUUUUUCAUUGGGCUAUAAUUUUAUAUUUUUCUCCGUGGUAUUUGGUGUUGGUGUUGCAUUCUCAUGUUUGUCCGGACAAAGUAGCAGCUUUUGGCAGGGAAUUCUCUGUUUAUCCACCACAACAGCGCACGUAUUCCCUUAAUGUGUAUUUAUUAAAUCUACGAGAAGUUCUAAUCGGCGAAGAAUAUAUCUGAUCUACAUAUGGAUGGGAAAUACUCCGUAU